AUGGAUGAACAGAAGUUUAGUACAGAUAGGUCACCGGCGACGCAGAGUGAUGGAGAUGCGGCGACGAAAAGUAAUAGCAAUGAGGUUAAGGUUGAUGAACAAUAUUCAAGUAAAGCACAAAACAGGACGUCGUUUAAAGAUUUUAUGAGAAUUUUUUCAUACUCGACUUCGGGCGAUAAGUUUGUCCUGGUAAUUGCGUGUAUCGCACAGAUUGGAACUGGAGUCACUUUACCGCUUAUGAACAUUGUCUUUGGGAAACUUGUGGGCAACUUUUCAGACUAUUUUUUACCUGGCACAACUACCACCAAGGCUGAAUUCACCAGUACUAUCAACAGACUUACAUUAUUCGUUACUUACCUGUUCAUUGCAAGAUGGGCUUUAAGUUACAUCUCGAUGUUCACAUUUCGGCUGGUUGGCCUUCGAAUCUCUGCAAAAUUACGACUCAAUUACUUGAAGGCUUUAUUCAGCUUACCAGUUGGCGUCCUUGACACUCUACCUAGUGGACAAGCCUCAAAUACAAUCACGACCACUGCAAAUAUAUUGCAAGUUGGCAUUUCAGAGAAACUGGGAACCAUUUUACAGUAUUUUGCACUGCUGAUCACAGCAGUCAUUAUCGCAUUCACCUACAGCUGGGCGUUAACUUUGGUGACCAGCUCAGUUCUUGUAUUUAUUUCGUUGAUCUAUGGAAGCGUUAUUCCAGUUGUCAUGAAAAUGACAAAAGAUGUCGAGCAUGCCGACGAGAAAGCCUCUGGAAUAGCAGGUGAAGUUCUUGGGUCAAUACGAAUGAUUGUAGCGUGUGGUGCCGAGAGUCGAAUUGCGAAGAAGUAUGCAGGAUGGGUUGAAGAAUCUCGUAGACGAACACUGAAAAAGAGUCCUUGGAUCGGUGUUCAAUUCGCACCACUCAUGUUUGCUAUCUAUGCUACUAUGGCAUUGUGCUUUUGGUUUGGAUUUAGGCUCUUUUCGGAGGGUCAUCUAGAGAAUGUCGGAACUAUUUUGAUUGUACUGAUGUCUGUGGUGAUGAUCGCGAUGGCAGUGAGUCAAACAGCUGCGCCCAUAAUUGCUGCUGGUAGAGCAGCGAGCGCGGCUACAGACUUUUUUGCAGUAAUAGACACACCUAGACCCGAUACUAGUGGCCUGGAAGAGCCAGAGGUAUCAGCCCGUGAAGAUAUUACCCUGGAAUCCGUCACUUUUGCCUAUCCUAGCAGACCUCAUGUUAAGGUUCUCAAUGACUUGUCGAUGAGGUUUGAAUCUGGUAAGAUUACAGCUAUCGUGGGAGCAUCUGGGUCGGGCAAGAGUACAAUCGUAGGCCUCUUGGAAAGAUGGUAUAAUCUAGAGGAACAAGGAAUAAUAAUUCCCUCAAGCGUUAUGAAAGACAAGAAAAAAGAUAAAGAAGAUCAGUCAAGAACGCCUGAAGAAUACGACGAAAAGCAGGAUCCAGUGGCUGUCUCCGGUAUUAUAUCAUGUGGAAACCACGAGUUGCGAUCCCUCGACCUCAAAUGGUGGCGAACACAGAUUGGUCUUGUCCAACAAGAGCCAUUCAUAUUCAACGAUACAAUAGCCAAGAACGUCGAAUACGGCUUGAUUGGUUCACAAUGGGAACACGAAAAUGCGGACAUGAAGAGGAAGCUUGUCAUAGAGGCUUGUAAGGAAGCUUUUGCUGAUGAGUACAUCACUAAGCUGCCAAUGGGAUAUGAUACUCAAGUUGGUGAUGCCGGUAUUAAGUUGAGCGGUGGGCAGAGACAAAGGCUAGCCAUCGCUAGGAGUAUCAUAAAACGACCGAAGAUUUUGAUUUUAGAUGAAGCCACCAGCGCAAUUGACGUAAGAGGGGAGCAGAUCGUUCAGGCAGCCUUAGAUAAAGUUAGCGAGGGUAGAACAACGAUCACGAUAGCUCAUAGACUUUCAACAAUCAAAAAGGCCGAUAAGAUUGUGGUUUUGAAGAAGGGAAAACUCGUCGAGGAAGGAACUCAUGAGAGAUUACUUUCUAAUCCAGACGGCGCAUACAGUGCUCUCGUCAACGCCCAGCAAUUGUCUCUGGGAGAAGUUUACCAAGAUGAAUCAGACCUGGUGGAAACAAUGGAUCCCUUGAUACGCGAAAUGAGUGUAGCGGAGAAGGAGAAGGAAGAAAAGAAAGCAGUGGCAUACAAAGCUAAGGGUCUCUCCACUAGUCUGGGACUUUUCCUCUACGAGCAACGCUCCCGGUGGCACUGGUACCUCAUACUCUUGGCAGGCGCUGUAGCUGCUGGCGCCGCCUAUCCGCUUCAAGCCUAUCUUUUCGCAAAAAUCAUUUCAGUAUUUUCGUUAACUGGAUCCAAACUCAAGGCUGCUACAGAGCACUACGCAUUGAUGUUCUUCAUUCUUGGUUUAGGGGCUGGGGUGGCCUGGUUUGUUAUGGGCUAUUCCUCGACUAUCAUAUCCGGUCACAUCACUUCCACAUACCGUCAAGAGUAUUUUGAGAGCAUUUUGCAAAAGCCAAUUGCCUUCUUUGACGCAGAGGAAAACUCUAGUGGUGAGCUUACAGGUCGUGUCGCCAAUGAUCCGACACAGUUACAACAACUGCUCGGCAUCAACAUGGCCAUGGUUCUCACAGCACUCUGUAACAUCGCUGGCUGCGUAAUCAUUGCCUUCGUCUUCGGCUGGAAGCUAACUUGCGUGGUGGCAUUUGUUGCCCUUCCUAUAAUGAUUUGUAGCAGCUUUUACCGCAUUCGUUACGAGAUUCAGUUCGAAAAGAUGAACCAAGCAGUAUUUGCAGAGAGUUCUAAAUUCGCGGCUGAAGCAAUUUCUGCAUUUAGAACCGUUACCUCCUUGACGUUAGAGGACUUGAUUUGUAGCCGUUACGAUGAACUGUUAACGUGGCACGUGAAGGGCCAUGCUAAGAAAAGCAGAUAUUCAUCAAUUGUCUUUGCCGCCAGCGAGAGUUUGGGAUUAGGCUGUAUGGCUUUAGCAUUUUGGUAUGGUGGUACCCUCCUUGCUUCAAGAGAAUACGGGUCUAUCAAUUUUUUUGUGGUCUAUAUUGCUAUAAUAAACGGUGCUGAGAGCGCUGGAAGUCUUUUGAGUUUUGGUCCUACACAAGCAACAGCAGCAUCAAACAGAAUAUUGAGCUUUAGAGUACCGGCGAGCGUAGCUGGCAAAUCGGCAUCGAAAAUGCAGAAUGUAGAGGGCGGGGUCAAGAUAGAACUGAAAGAUGUUUGGUUUAAGUACCCUACUCGAGACGUCCCAAUAUUUACUGGUUUGAAUAUUACGAUUAAGAAAGGUCAAUUUGCUGCUUUGGUUGGACCUUCAGGCUGUGGAAAAACAUCGAUCGGUAAUUUCGCAUUUGUCAAUUUAAAGAGAUAA